AUGGAUAAAGGCCUUUCAAAUACAACACAAAUGAUCGCAACAACAACAGCGAAAUCUGAUAUUAUAGUUGAAAAUAAUCCAAUUGUUAAAUAUCCAGGUGUUGGCGAUUCAACAGUUAUCGUUAAUAUACCACCAAAUGAAACUGAUCGAUUUUUAGAUCAUGCAUCAUCGAAUGUCAUUAGUGAUAUACCCCGUUCUCGAAAUUUAGAAGAAAUUGAUGACGGUGAACUACCAUUUCCUGGAUUUGUUGAAAAAUCAUUUUAUUGUUUACAUCAAAAAACGUCACCGAGAUAUCAAUGUUUGAAAUUGAUUACUUGGCCAUAUCCUUUUAUACGAUUCUCGAAAAAACCAUUAGGAAUGUAUAUAGAUGUUUAA